AUGAGCGGUAUAGAGCUGGCCGGCUUGGUUCUGGGUGCAUUUCCUCUUCUCAUAUACGCGCUGGAAAGCUAUCGUGAAGGGGCUGAGCUAUUGAACGACUGGUGGCGAAUCCAAGCAACCUACAAGAAAUGCAAACACGACCUCGGCUACCAUCAUACCAUAUUUGAAGGUAACAUCGAGAGAUUACUACUACCUCUGGUAGUGGAUGAUGAUGAACUCAAAGCACUUAUGGACAAUCCGGCAGGCGAGGCAUGGGAGGACGAAGAGCUCGAGAAGAGGUUGAAGCAGCGCUUGCCAAAGUCUUACGAGCUUUUCCUGGAUAUCAUGGGCAACAUAAAUAAGCUUAUAGAGUCGCUAAAGAAGGAACUUGGCGUCAAUGAUUCUAAGUUUCUCGCGAAGGUCGAUAAGGGCAAAGUAAAGGCAGGUGUUACUAGAAGAGAUCGAUUAAGCAUAUCGAACAUUGAAUUUGAGGCCAAGAGAAUCAGAUUCAGUUUGAAAAAGUCCUCUCGCGAGCGACUGUUCGACAAACUCCAAGAUGCCAAUGACCGAUUGCGAAACCUUUUGGAUAGUAGCGAUCAUAUCUCGGAAGCUAGACGAAAGACUGGUACCAUUAAGCCCAAUUCGGCUGUCAACAGAAAGAUCAACGACUUCUGGAGACAUGCCGUGAGAUUGCACCAUGCUCUGAUAAAAUCAUGGCAAUGUAGUUGCAUGAGUCAUGUAGCAAAUCUCCAACUACAGCACCGAACGUCAGAAAAGGUGGAAUUCGAUGUUUUGUUCAACCUGGGAGCAGAUCAUAAAAGAUUAGGCUGGCAGGAGACCAAAAUCAAGAUGCUUCCAGCGGAAUCAACACCAAAUAGUCCAGGCAUUGUCGUCAAAGUACCCCAAUCUACACCGCAGAAAAGUCCCCGGAAGGUUCGCUGGAGCGAAAGCAGCGAUACUCUGUUACCGACUGUCACUCAGCCCGAAGCGAUGAAUAUAAAAUGCCUUUGUGCUACCCUAACAGCUACCUCAGGCCGGCUUAACGGCGCUGGUGGAGCGACCGUACCUGAAUGCUUUGGAUACAUGGACGAGGACGAUUACCGCUUUUCUGUGUAUCCUGGGGACCCGACCAAAUCGAUUUCAGGUUACAAGAUUGUCACCUUGGAAAAGAUCCUCUCCGAUGCCCAUGGCAUUCUGACACGGCGAAAACGCUACUGGUUGGCUCUCACGCUGGCGUCGUCCUACCUUCAAUUGUCAUCUACACCAUGGCUAACCACUCCUCUUCAGAAGGAGAAUGUUUUGUUCCUGCAUGACCCCAAAAAUGACGAGUCUGUCCUUCUAGAUACACCAUAUCUCUGCGGCGAAAUGUCGAAAUCAGGCGCCACUGACACCGUCGACACAAUGGCCGCUCUCGGCAUCAGACUCCUAGAGCUCUGCUUCGGCACCUCGCUCGAGCAGAAUAAAUUCCGACAACAGCUUCCCGCCGGAGACGCCACAUCUGCCCCCCUUCUAGAUUAUGCAGCUGCCUUGAACUGGAGCAAGUUAGUGACCGAAGAGGCGGGGCCGGAGUUCGCGCAGGCAGUGGAGUGGUGUCUGCGCGCGAAGCAGCUGAGCGAUGGGAGUUGGAGGAAGGAUAUCUGGACGCAUGUCAUUGGGCCAUUGGAGUAUUGUUACAAGCAGGUUUCGGCGCGAAUCACCGCGUAUUAA